CGUUUCUUUCCUCACAGGAAGCAGGGCUGGCUCAAGAACAUGUCAACCCUCAUAUUAUCCGCGGCCGACGUGGAUCGGGUAGUAUCACAAUUCACCCCUAAAGACCUCGUCCAGCUCAUGGCGAAGGUCUUCUGGGAAUUGAAUCGCUUCUCACAAGAUACCCAGUCAAACCAGGACGAUAUAGUCCAACCACAUAGAUUGACCAUACCUAUGCAGAAUCAUACAGCAUUGUUUAUGCCUUCCCGUAUAGCAAGUUUCGGUACCGCUAUCAAGGUUGUUUCUGUCCCGACCGCCACUGCUCCGCCUGAGGUGCGACAACGUGGUUUACCAGCCAGCACUCUGGUUUUCGACGAGACAACGGGUGCAGUCAAUGGUAUUGUCAAUGCUGGUACCUUAACGGCGCUGCGAAAUGCUGCUGGUUCGUUGUUGGCCACCCGGACAUUGUUGUAUCCGGUAGAGAAAUAUCCUCGCAAGUUGGUUGCAUUCGGCGCAGGAGCACAGAUCGCUGCUCAUCUCUCCCUUUUCCUCGACUUCUACUUCACAAUAACCGAAGUCGCGAUAUUCAAUCGAUCUAAGAACGCCAGAGUGUCCUCUUUAAUUGCUUCGCUCAAGGCGAAAUUCGGCGAGCGGGUGGCAUUCUCCGCGCACAUUCUGCCUGCUGUCGAUGGAGAACGUGCGGUUCUGCAACAGGCUCUUCACAAUGCGGACAUUGUAAUCACAGCGACGUCUUCCACCGAACCUCUCUUCCCAUCGUCCUUCAUAUCGUCCGGGACCCAUCUAUGCUUAAUAGGGUCAUACAAGCCUUCUAUGCACGAAAUUGAUACGGACCUUGUACGACGCGCUGGAACAAUCGUGGUGGACUCACGGGAAGCUUGCAAGACCGAAGCAGGAGAGCUCAUUGCCGCCAAGGUAGCAGAUGAAGACUUGGUGGAGUUGGGCAGCCUCUUCGAAAUAAACGAGCAAGAUCCCACGUCGAAAUCAUGGACUCCACACAAAUCUGAAGUCAUUAGGCUGAGGUCAAAAGGGGAUGUCACGAUCUUCAAAUCAGUCGGUGUUGGCAUUCAAGAUGUGGCUAUCGCACAUGCUGUCGUUGCACGCGCAAAGUCCAUGGGGGUUGGAACCUAUGUGGACCUGUGAUGCUGUCGAAGUCGGACAGCAGUCAUGGAUGGAACUCCAAAUGACUCGCACUACCAUUGAACAUUGAACUCCAAAGCCAUAUCGAAUAUAGACGUGGUAUACCCCAUGCAAGCGUGCAUGUCGUCGCUACAGUAAGAUAAGCUGUGACCUUAUAUUAUACAAACCCGUAGUAUACAAUAUCCAAGAAAAAAAGACAUGACUCAAUCCCAUCUGCAACGUCAUCAUGUCAGUCUAUUACCAUAAGAUCAAGACAU